AUGACAGAUGCAAAGCCAAUAUCAUUACCAACUGAGCCUGAUUGGAUACCUGGUAAUUCACCACCAGCUACUGAUACCAACACUUACCGAGAAAUUAUAGGCAGUCUCACAUAUUUAACAUUGGGGACACUUCCAGAUCUAGCUUAUGCUGGUACAAUAAAUGAUGGAAUUUCGUUUAGGAAAACGAACAAUUCUGAUACAGAAGACUAUAGUGAUGCUGAUUAUGCAGGUGAAAAAUUGACUAGACGUUCAACAAGUGGAGUUUUAAUGUAG